AUGCAUAACAACAUUUGUAUUAUUCCAUUAAAAGGUGAAUCACAAACUCAAACACCUGUCACGACUGAUAAUAUUACAUCCACACAACCCAUAUUCAGACGACGUAUCAUGAUAAGCUAUCAUCGUAGAUCGUCGUUCGACACUUGUCAAAGAAUCUGUAUUGAACUUAGAAAUCGAGGCUACGACGUAUGGAUGGAUGAGGAUGACUUAAAUGGAAAUAUACUUUAUAAUGAAUUAGCUCGAGCAGUCGAAAAUUCUUACAUUGUUCUUAUAUGUUUCAAUCGUCAAUAUGCUGCAAAAGCUUGCUAUACUGUACGACGUGGUAUUGAAUACAUACCAUGUCGUAUGGAAGCACCAUUUCGUGCUACCGAUUGGCUUGGAUUUAUAAUUAGUGAUCAUUUGUAUUGUGAUUUUUCUUCACCGGGUCAAUACAACGAUGAUUUUGAAAGGUUGGUUCGUCAAAUCAGACAUAUCGAGACUGAAUUACAGACAAAUGCAGGUAAAUAA